AUGUUAAAGCGGUCUUUGUCCAUGGCAAGGUCCGCAGUCAAAACAGCAGACCGCAUCACAGGAGAAGAAUAUGCAGGACGCAGAAAGCGUUUGAUAGAGCAUGUCAAAAAAGCUGCUAUACAGUCAGACUGCGAUGUGGUCGUUCUUCUGAAAGGAUCAGGGAGGAAUUACAUAGCGCCAGAUGUACCGGGACAGUAUAGGCAAUGCAGCCACUUCAGGUACUUGAGUGGUGUUACCAGUCCAGACUGUUACUAUCUAAUCCAUGCACCAAAAGGAGGGUCUGGAUUAGAACCAAUCCUGUUCAUGGAUAGAAGAAGCCAGUAUGAAGAACUGUGGGAAGGUGCGCUACCAAACGAGUCGAUCCUCGAAAGCACUGCCGGUUUUGUGGAUUUGCUGCCCACUAAAAAGAUCACUGAGGUGGUAACCAAGAUGGUUUCGAAGAAUACUGUAUGCUUUCUCGAAACCAACGAUUGGAAAUCUACGGAGAUUCACAAUAUGCGGGCGCAGUUUGGAGCAGUUCAUGGACUCAAAUCAUAUAUCGAUCAACUACGCGUUGUGAAGUCGCCAGCAGAAGUGCAAGCCAUGAGGGAUACGUGCGGAUUGGGUUCUGAGAUGGUCUCGUCAACAAUUGCCGGAUGUAGAGGAUUUGACAGCGAAGCAGCUAUUGUUGGACUCUUAGGCUUUGAAGCUUUGAGACGUGGAGCUGAAAUGCUUGCGUAUCCUCCAGUGGUAGCUGCAGGUGCGCGAGCUAAUACAAUACAUUACUUGGAUGCUAAUCAACGAAUUGCUAAAGGUGAUUGCGUCUUAAUGGAUGCUGGCUGUGAUUUGAACGGAUACGUUUCUGAUAUAACAAGGUGUUAUCCCAUUAAUGGAGAAUUUACACCCGCUCAACGGUCCCUCUACGACGCCUUGCUGUAUGUUCACGAACAAUUACUGGUUUACGCCAACGAUGUGGAGAAGAUUCGUCUGAGUCAUCUGUACACCCGUAUGAUUGAGUUGAUUGCGUCAGCGAUUCUAGAAGUCGGUCUGCUACCACAAUCGGUCGAUCACAGACAGUUGCUCGAUGCUGCCGAGUCAUUGUGCCCGCAUCAUGUCAGUCAUUACCUUGGCAUGGACGUCCAUGAUUGCCCCACUAUAUCUCGCGACGUUGAUGUCCCUGCUGGUACCGUCUUCACGAUCGAACCGGGACUUUACAUCCCAACCAAAUCUUCCUUCCCAGAGGAGUUUCGAGGUAUAGGAUUCAGAAUAGAAGAUGAUGUUGUAGCGACCAAAAACGGUAUAGAGAUACUGACCGAUACCGUACCUCGUUCCUCUAGUGAGAUAGAAUAUCUCAUGCGAUCUCGAUAGAAGUCUUGCCUCUCCAUCUGAAAGAAAAUAUUGCACUGAAUAAAAGAUAGUUUUU